AUGACCUUUGGCUUCAGCUUCGCCUACCUGCUCAUCGCCGUCAUCAACUGGGACAACUACAGUCUGUACUUUCAGGGGGUCAAUCCGCUGCUGGACGACCAUCACCACCACCACGACCAUGACCUGGACCCGCACUCUCACGGCGCCCUCGACUUUGCCGUCGGCCCGAAAGGACAGGUGUCGCUGCACGACCACGAUGAGGCAUUCCACAAAGACGAGGACAUCGUCGCCCGCGCCUACUACGAGAAGAUCCGCAUCCUCUGCUGGGUGAUGACCAACCCAAAGUCACACGAGAGCAAGGCCCGCCACGUGAAGGCCACCUGGGGCAAGCGGUGCAAUGUGCUGGUCUUCAUGAGCUCCCAGGCGGAUCCCUCCCUGCCGGCCAUCAAGCUGGACGUGGACGAGGGCCGCGACCACCUGUGGGCGAAAACGGUGGGCGGUUUCAACUACUCCUACCACCAGCACCUGCAGGACGCCGACUGGUUCAUGAAGGCGGACGAUGACACCUAUGUGGUGCUGGAGAACCUCCGCUACUUUCUCUCCUCGCACAACGCCUCCACGCCCAUUCACUUUGGCUGCAAAUUUAAGCCGUACGUCAAACAGGGCUACAUGAGCGGCGGCGCCGGAUACGUGCUCAGUCGAGAGGCGCUGAAGCGAUUCGUGGAGAAGGGCAUCGCCCCCGGCCAUCCGCAGCGCUGCCAGGACAAGAGCGACGGCGGCGCGGAGGACGUCGACAUGGGCAUGUGCCUGGAGGCGCUGGGGGUGGCCGCCGGUGACUCGCGCGACUCGCUCGGCCGGGGCCGAUUCUUUCCCUUCGUUCCGGAGCACCACGUCGUGCCGGGGCACGUCGACAAGGACUUCUGGUACUGGAAGUACAUCUACUACCCGUCGCAGGAGGGCCUCGGUUGCUGCAGUGACUCUGCCAUCUCCUUCCACUACGUGUCCCCUUCGAUGUUCUACGUGUUAGACUACCUAAUCUACCACUUGCGACCGUACGGCAUUGCCUCGUACCUGCGACCAGCCGACCAGAAGCUGCUCGAGUCGAGCAAAAACCCACAACAGCAGCUGCAGCCACUGAAGAGCAGACCUGUCAAAUCAGUUGCGGCAGAUGCUGCCGCUGCUGAUGAUGAUCACCUAAAUAAUGGCAGUCAGAGCAAGGUCGUAAAGGAAGUCGCCGCUGCCGCCGCUGAUUCCAACUCUCCACCUGACAGCUAA